UAUUGAAACCAAAGAGACUGGUGGCUAGCAAGAAGUGCUAUGGCGGACGAUGCAAACUUGUUUACUUAUCCGUCUUUUGGGGAGCGAUACCAGUCGGAUCUGGAAAUAAUCUACCAGAAGUAUGAGCAGACUUUUGAUGGUGGUACUGUUGAAUCUGAAGAAAUUCUUCUUAGCAGUCUAACAAAUGAAGAGGCGUGUGAACCAUGGUUGAAAGCAUUUCUUGGGUGCAAUGGUGAAACAGUAGACGAUGAAGAUGGAAAAGAAGAUGAUGGUGAUGACGAUGAUGAUGAAGAUGAUGAUGAUGGGUGGGAAUCGGACUCUAGCGGACCUGCACAGCCUCACAACACGUCGACAGACCUCAGCGAUGUUGAUACGCAACAAAACAUCGAUGACCCACAAGAAAUAGCCAAUUCUCGAGCCAAGCAACAAUUUGAUAAAAGGGACGAAGAACUAAUCUCUUUGGAACCCCAAUCUGAAGAUUCUAAUGAACCCCAGAUGCCAGGGUGCGGAUCGCCGCUGAAUACGUUUAUCUCUGGUAUGAAGAUCAGUGAUGUUCUGACCAGUACUACGAUCGAGACAUCUCCGCCACCAGAAUCUGCGGAUUUUUUUAUUGGAGAAAAUGGUAAGCCUCCCUUCAUGAGCAAAGGACCUGAACGAAUUUCAUCACCAAAAAGAAAGAGCUCUUUCACUGAUGAGACAACUGCCGAUAAGACAUCUUCUUUGCAGCUCCAUCGCAAUCACUCACAAAAUCUUGCUCAAGCUAUCCUUAAUUCCAGGAAUCGUAUUGCUAAUGUGCUAUUCAAAGCUGUUACAAAGCCCUCGCGGUCUUCCCAACGGAGCAUUACCCUGCAUAGCUCUACAAGCAGCUUUAAUAACAUAUCUUCUCGAGGGAGCUUCUCCGCGACCACAUCUUUCCUUCCUGGUAAGCUCCUUAGAGAAUUCAAUAGUCUGCUCACUGCCGAGAUGGCGCCAGAGUCGCGUAGGGGUCUUACUCUAGUGCGACAGCCAUGCUACCCUGUUGUACCUUGUGUCGGGAACAAAACCUCAAGGCGAUUAUCUGGCGGUGAGAGCAUGAAAGGCGGGAGAGUCACACUGAUUGCGAGUAGGAAAACGGUUAAGUUAAACCCUCAGAAGUCACGCGCCUCUAUCAAGGAGAUUGAAGGGGAACAUGCCCGUUCUAAUUCUGUGGUCUCGCUAGAUGUUCCUCAAGAAACUUGUAAUACAGCCCUAGUAACUCAUGGAUCAAGCCCUCUCAAUUGGAAAUCAAUUCGUCCGAUCGUUUCUCAUAGAAUGAGAAUAACUGACGUUGCCUUAAACGCUGUGUCGAGCAAGCCUGUUUACAAAGCGUUCAGACCCGUUAAGUCUCCUGGGAGGGAACAAAAGCCGGUGAUUAGUCUGAUGCCGACACCGAAAAGCGUCACAACUGGUACAACACCCGCUACGACGAGUGAACAACUCGUUGCAGCAAGUGGCUCAGUCGUUGCCAGAGACGACGACGAAGCUUCACAAGAUAGUGGAUUCGAGAGUGGAGGAAAUGCAGAAAGCAGGAAUAGGAACGAGUGGAAGGGAGCACAAAUCCACUGCAGGCCUGUUACGGCCGUAGAGUUGAAUCGGCAUAUCCGGAGUGGCAGGCGGAGUUGCGAAGAUGGCGGAAAUUCACGCAAGCGUAGACUGAGCGACAGCAAGGUUUCGUUGGAAGUGAAGAAAAUGUGUAAUGUCAAUCUGAUGUCAAUCAGGCAGAGGGUGGAUACGCGGGGGUCGAUAUACAAGGGAGGUGCGGAUAACAUCCAACAUAGGAUUCAGCAGGAAAGGAAGGGUGUGUCGGAGAAGGAGGGGUCCGUAUCAAGACAGCCGUCCGGCAAUAAAGAGGUUAUCAGACAGAACAUAAUUAGUAGGAAGGCCGUAAAGAGGAGAUCCGGACCCGAGCCAGGAGACGAGGCAUUUGAGGGUGUGUCAGAGGGAAGAAGGGGGCGAGUUGUUUGCAGACAGGAGAGCAACGAGGAAGACAGAGGGAUUUUAAUUAAAAGGCUGUCCACAGAGCACCUGAGAUCCACCAAGGAACAGGUUAUUGUAAGUAGAGAAGUUAGGGGAGGAGAAGACAAUGAAAGACCUGCGUCUUUUAGUGACACAAAGCAAUCGACACGCAAUGCGGUGAAUGGAAUGGAUUCGGAGCGCCAACGGAAGCGGCGGAGCAGCGGAUGUCAAAGGCAGACUGGCGAUGUAGGGCGUAAAUCAAGAACGAUUAGAGCCCCUCGAGAUCGCUCCCCCGAGGACGUAUAUGAGCAUGACAAGAUAUCCCGAAACUCACCUCUAUUCCCUGAAAAUAUCUUAUCGAGCACUCGUGUGCAAGAUGCGAAGAAGCUCCGAUUGAAUUAUUUUGAUGGGGCAGGUUUAAAAGAAUCAAAUGACAAGGGUAAUAUGUCACCAAUUCGCAUCCCUAGAAAUGAAAAAGUACGAGCCACACCUCUCAACAAAAAAGCAAGGCCGUUACUACGAGCUAAAUCUAAAUCUACGGAAGAAGGUGCCCCGACGCGUAGAGCUUCACCAAGCCCUAGGGAUGUCGACGACGGGGCACGUGUCACUGGCAGGGACAAAGGAUCGCUACCUCUCACUAAAUCCAAGGUCGAUGCUCCUACACCUGAAAGAAAAAGUCGAACUCAACCACGUGACUCAUAUGCCGUCGGGAAACUAAUCGCGAGUGACGUCAUACGGAGGCUUGAGAAGCGGUCUGUCGUGCCAACACAGAAUACCAUACAUACACGAAGAGUUAUCGACGGCCCCAGAAAACAGACGCCCAUGCGCCGAAAGCAACUGACUCCUGAAAUUUCUGGAGACACGUGGAAGCCAGUGGCGUCGCCCCAUUUGUUGUCCAAGCCUCUUCAUCUAGGAGACUCUGUAGAACGUCAAAAGAACUAUGUGAGGGAGCCAGAAAGAACUCUUAGAACGCCUGGAUGGAACUCAAACGGGUCGCUAUGCCGGGGACCUCGGCUAUGCUCUAAGGCUAUCUGCCUUGAUUGUGGUAGCUAUUCUAGCUAACAGUAAACAUUUCAUUGCGGGUUUUUCAUCUGCUUUCUUUCAUAACAUGGCAAACGUUUACCAAAUUAAGAAAUGCAACCUAUAUAUCAUUAUACAUUUUGAUAUUUUAUUAUAAAUGUUUUAUAUGUAAAGCUCUUUUUUAGCGUUAACUUCAUCUUUUUACUUUAAUUGUAUGUAUUUUUACAAUAAAUGUUUUAAACAUUAA